UUUACAGAUAUCAUCAACGUCAGGAACGCCAUUUCCCGUGAGAUCUUGGCCGGAGCUCUCCUAGCAAUCUAUCCUUACACUCUCCACUCCAAGUUGAAGGUCUUCUCAUCUCCAGUUUCAUCUUGUCCGCCAGUAAAGAUGCUGGCGUCUUCAAGAAGAGCAGCCUCAAUGGUUCUGAGAGCGAAGCCAACGAACCAAUUAAUUCCCCUACGGUCUAUUGCUGCCAUUUCGACAACGACGAAGAAAGAUGCGACCUCGGUCGCCCCCCACAGCUCGACGGGUCUCAUGAGCCGGCCAAGAAAGGAAGUCCCGCUUCCCAGUCAGGAGGGGACAAAGGGCGUCGUUCAAUAUGCAUUAACCACCCUCGAUCAAAUCACCAACUGGGCGCGCCAGUCGUCCCUGUGGCCCAUGACGUUCGGACUCGCCUGCUGCGCCGUCGAAAUGAUGCAUCUCUCCACGCCGCGAUACGAUCAAGAUCGUCUCGGAAUCAUUUUCCGAGCCUCCCCCCGCCAAUCCGACGUCAUGAUCGUUGCCGGCACCCUCACCAACAAGAUGGCCCCGGCCCUGCGCCAGGUUUAUGAUCAAAUGCCCGAGCCGCGAUGGGUCGUCAGCAUGGGAAGCUGUGCCAACGGAGGAGGAUACUACCACUACAGCUAUAGUGUUGUCCGAGGCUGCGACCGAAUCGUCCCUGUCGAUGUUUACGUGCCCGGUUGCCCGCCUACGAGUGAGGCGCUGAUGUAUGGUAUCUUCCAGUUGCAGCGCAAGAUGAGGCAAACUAAGAUUACGCGGAUGUGGUACCGAAAGUAGAGAGCGGAGGAUUGCAGGAGACAUAGACAUCAUUAUGGGAACUCUCUUUUGUCGGGGGAUUGGGGGAGCGGGGGCGGGACUGUACAUAUUACUACUGUUGGCCGCAUGCACACAAAUGGUCUGUAUAGCAUCCAGCCAGUUCAGACAAUUCAACCGUGAUUGCGACUGGUGAAUAGCAGAGACUUUUAGAUCCAGCAGCCUAGUUCCCUAUAUCUGGUAUCAGAAAUAAAAGUGGGUGAAGUCCGACG